AAAGUGCCUUGUAAGUUGGCACAUUUGAAGAGUAUCAAUUAAAAACAGAUUAAAUCCAUAUGUUAUCCAAUAUGACUUGAUAUGUGCGGGUCACCCUGACCAACCCAGAUUUCUCCACGUACAUCUGGUAAUACUGGCUCCGUACAGCACGCAGAAUUGCCAGCUGUCACUUGAAGGUAAGGGCUUUUACUGAGCCACUCGCAUUACCUUGGUUGGGCAUGGAUGAGACUCUCCUCAAAAGGUGCUGGUGGUGUCUGAGACUGGGCAGGAUUGGUCAGGUUUUUUCGCCUUCCACUGUAGACUCAAGCUGCCCAGUCCCCAUACUGGUGUCCAGUCUCCUUCAGCAAGAAAAUCAGUGACCUGCCAGCCCCGCUGCAACAGGAGCUCACUCUGUUGGUCAUCUCUCUUUAUCCUUUUCUGUUUCAGGAUGACAAUGGAUGCUCUGCAACUAGCAAACACUGCCUUUGCUGUUGAUAUGUUCAAAAAGCUGUGCGAGAAGGACAAAACAGCCAAUAUUGUCUUUGCCCCGCUAUGUACCUCCACGUCUUUGGCUCUGGCAUAUAAAGCUACAAAGGGUGACACUGCAGACCAAAUGAAGAAGGUGCUCCACUUACAAGACGUCAAAGAUGUUUCUUUUGGGUUUCAAACGGUAACUGCAGAUGUUUCCAAACUCACCUCUUUCUUUGCACUGAAAAUGGUCAAGCGGCUCUUUGUUGACAAGUCUCUCAGUCCUACCACAGACUUUGUUAACUCCACAAAGAGGCCUUUUCCAUCAGAGCUGGAACUAGUGGAGUUCAAAGAAAAAACUGAGGAAACACGACAGAAGAUCAACAAAUCUCUCUCAGAGCUAACUGACGGCAAAAUGGAGAAUAUUUUGAAUGAGGAUAGUGUAAGUGACCAGACUCAGAUCCUCCUAGUUAAUGCAGCUUAUUUUGUCACAAACUGGAUGAAGAAGUUCCCAGAGGCAGAGAUCAAAGAAUGUCCUUUUAAAAUCAACAAGACUGAAACUAAGCCAGUACAAAUGAUGAAUCUGGAAGCCACUUUUUGCCUGGGUUAUGUAAAAGAGUUAAAUGUUGCAAUCCUUGAACUUCCAUGCCUUAACAAACAUAUCAGCAUGCUCAUUCUGCUUCCCAAAGACAUUGAAGAUGAGACGACUGGCCUGGAAAAGCUGGAAAAGGCACUCACCCCUGAGACGUUAUUACAGUGGACCAAUCCCAGCAUAAUGGCCAACACCAAAGUGAAUGUAUUUCUUCCAAAGUUUAGUGUGGAAGGUGAUUAUGACCUGAAGCCACUCCUGGAAAGCCUUGGCAUGACAAAUGUCUUUGAUGAGAGUGCAUCAGAUUUCUCUGAGAUGUGUGAAACCAAAGGUGUGGUUUUGUCGAAGAUCAUUCAUAAAGUCUCUUUGGAAGUAAAUGAACAGGGUGGAGAGUCUCUAGAGGUACCAGGAUAUCGGAUUCUGCAACACAAAGAUGAAUUUAAAGCUGACCAUCCGUUUAUCUUUUUGUUUAGGCACAACAAAACUCGCAAUGUGAUUCUUUCUGGCAGAUUCUGUUCCCCUUAAGCAGGGAAUAUUAAUUAUGAAAAAACCUGUAAAGCUUGGUGUCCUGACUAUCACCUUUGAAAGGAAUUCUAAGAGGUUCAUAUAUCAGCAGGGUAAUACAAUGUACUCUACAUAUGCAGCAGAACUAAUUUCCUUUUAUUAAUCCCCUUAAGCUGAAGGAUUCCCACUGUGCAGAACACACGAUAUUUUACUAAGAAGUAUUCCAUCCUUAUACACAAGAAUAUUUUGUUCCUCUGUGACACCUUUUUCCAAAACAAAAUGAACAAAAAGCCUGUUUUCGAAAGACCAGGAGCUGGAAAAGGCUCUGGGGGGAAGAGCUGCGUUCCUGUUUCAUAUCCAAAACACCUUCCCUCGAGACUCAUACUCAGUGGAUCUCUAGUGUAUAAAAGGGGAAAAUGUGGACAUGUGGUGUGAUAACCCUCCUCUUGUACCUGGUUAUAGUCUGGUAAUCCAGGGUGCCCUGCUGGACCCUGCUAAGGCACAGUGAAAUAGUGCAGCUAAACAACACAGUGUUUGCAUCUGUGAAACAACAGCUGCACAUAUGGACACAAGAGGCAAUAGUAAAACAUCUAGAAGACUCUCCAGUGUGAGCUACAUCAGUUUGUAGGCUGAGGAGGUUGCACUCUACUGUGUGGGAUUUUUUCACUCAUUCUCCUUCAGACAUGGCAGAGGUGACCAGUUCACUGCAGCUGAGAGGAACUCUGUUGUACAUAUCCUGAGAAAAAGAAGGUUGCAAUUCUAGGAUAGAUAUCACUUGGAUUAAUAUUGAAAGUGCCACACUCUUCAGAUAGAUUUUCUAUUGCUUCUGGAUUCAGCAUCAAGAAGGCUCCACACACUUAACUAACCUCUGGGGUUCAAGAAAGAAAUAAAGACUUUGACUUGAGUGAGAUUAAUAUUGUAAUUACCAGUCUCCAAAUUCCAUAUGAAAUUAUUGUAAUUAGUUUUCAUUUCUAUCUAAAGACUGCCUGCUGCAUAUGUUCAGUACUGAUUUACCUAAUCACUGUUCAGAAUAAAGCACUACAAAACCUGUGUCGAAUGUCUGAAGUACAUCCAGUGUCAGUCUGUUGUCCUUCACUCAGCCUCCAAGAAGAUAGGAACAGAAAUUGAUAGAUUCAUCCAGGACACAGUUAAAUGUAUGAAAAAAUCAAAUCUGUGACUGAAUUGCCCUUUUGGAUCACAUAAUAAUAGCUGACAGUUAAGGAGUAUGUUACUAGUUGGUCAAUAUAUAGAGUGAGUUCAAUAAUGUGUCUUCAAAGAAGG